CUGGAACUGAUAGCUUGUCAUUACGUUCCGGCAGCAUCUCUAGAACAGUCGCCUUCUCUUAAAAUCGCCGUAGCCGCUGAAGAAAGAUUCUCGUUAUAAUGAAUGGUCUAGCGAAAGCAUUUCACCUGCUGCUCCUGAUGAUAAUCGGAUCCUUGUUAUUUGCGUCGAUCGAAUGUGCACCACUUGAAAGUGUCCUAGCCACUGGAGAGGAGCCCAUACAUCAUAAUAAGGAAGACUUGCUUAGACUUUUCUUGGAAGACGCGAAGCUGGCAUCAUCCAGUAACAGUAACGAUCAAAGCUCGGAAGAGUGGAAGCAAAAUAUGCUGAACAUGAUGAAAAACAUUAAUGCUGCAUUAGGACCUGCUAUCGGGGAGCCGGUAACGGUCGGACCUCCACCGCAGGUUCCAACGUUAAAGCUGUAAUUUGAUGCUUGUACUGGAUUGAAAAACUCGUAAAAUUAGAGGAAGAAUUGGAUAGAUUGAUAAAGAUUGAAUGGAAGAUAGGAUUAGAUCGUUGAAAUUAAAUGAUGAUUCUUUGUACAUCCCAAA